AAACCUAGAAUUGUGUGCCCACACGUCAUUCAUAAAUCUCAAUCGAUAACUCAAUCACGUCAACCUAUAUAUCCCUUCUACCUCCUGAAUUCAAGAUCUAUUCCCCAAAAUCCUAGCUUCAUCCGCAGUUCGGCAACUCAUCACCAUGAAAGUUCCAGCAUCAGAGGCUCAAGAGUAUAUGCUUAAAGAGUCAAAGAGCUCCUAUUUUGAUCUGCCAGCAUUAGACGUUUCAAUUGCAUUUCCCCAAGCAACUCCAGCUUCAGUCUUUCCUCCUUGCGAAUCAGACUAUUAUCAGUUUAAUGAUCUAUUGACUCUUGAGGAGCAAGCUAUCAGAAAGAAAGUAAGAGAGUGCAUGGAAAAAGAAGUAGCUCCAAUAAUGGCAAAGUAUUGGGAGAAGGCAAAAUUUCCAUUUGAAAUCAUUCCAAAGCUUGGUGCAUUGCGUAUUGCUGGUGGCAGCAUCAAGGGCUAUGGGUGCCCCAACCUCUCCAUUACUGCCAAUGCCAUUGCUACAGCAGAAAUUGCAAGAGUUGAUGCCAGCUGUUCUACUUUCAUUUUGGUGCAUUCUUCUUUGGCAAUGCUCACAAUUGCACUAUGUGGAUCAGAAGCACAAAAGCAGAAAUAUUUACCAUCUCUUGCAGAACUUAAAACAAUAGCUUGUUGGGGUCUGACAGAACCUGAUUAUGGAAGUGACGCAAGUGCUUUGAGAACAACUGCAAGGAAGGUUGACGGAGGUUGGAUACUUGAAGGCCAAAAGCGCUGGAUAGGAAACAGCACUUUUGCAGAUGUAUUGGUUAUUUUUGCUAGAAACACCUCCUCAAAUCAGAUAAAUGGAUUCAUAGUAAAGAAGGAUGCUCCUGGUUUACAAGCUACAAAAAUAGAAAACAAGAUUGGCCUGAGAAUUGUUCAAAAUGGGGAUAUUCUCUUAAAGAGAGUUUUUGUCCCUGAUGAUGACAGGCUGCCUGGUGUCAAUUCUUUUCAGGACACUAACAAGGUACUUGCUGUUUCACGUGUCAUGGUUGCCUGGCAGCCUAUUGGCAUUUCAAUGGGUGUUUAUGAUAUGUGUCACAGGUAUUUGAAGGAGAGGAAGCAAUUUGGCGCUCCAUUGGCAGCUUUCCAGAUCAACCAACAAAAACUAGUUCAAAUGCUGGGUAAUGUUCAAGCAAUGUUUCUCAUUGGUUGGCGCCUGUGCAAGCUGUAUGAGAGUGGUAAAAUGACUCCUGGUCAUGCCAGCAUGGGCAAGUCAUGGAUUACCUUGAAGGCAAGGGAGACUGUCUCUCUGGGAAGGGAAUUACUUGGUGGCAAUGGUAUCGUAGCUGACUUUCUGGUGGCAAAGGCAUUCUGUGACUUGGAGCCCAUCUACACGUAUGAAGGGACCUAUGACAUCAACACCUUGGUAACUGGUAGGGAAGUUACUGGAAUUGCCAGUUUUAAGCCUGCUGCUUCGAGCAAUAGGAGCCGCCUGUAAAAUUGUACACUUUUUUCUAGAAAAAUAAUUUUCAGAAUUGUGUGUAUGUUGGCUGGCCGAGUAGCCUGUUAAAGUUAUCCUGACAUUUUGUAAUAAAAAGAAAUGGGAUUCUUAUAAUUAUUUGGUGAAGAAACAUGAGUAGUGUACAGUUCGAAACAAAUUGAAAUAUAACACUAUUUAAAGAUUACUUCAA